AAGUAGUGGCAAGCCCUACAGUUGUACCACCAGAGAUAAAGUGAACAGUUUGUUUCGAAUGUGGAGCUAAGGCUAGCAUGGUACAAGGAUGUUUAGGAGUCCCCAGCUAGUGGCCUCACCAAGCCUAAAAGGGGCCCAUAGAUCACUCCUACUCCUACUUUCUAAAGAGGCCCUGCCGUCCAUUUGUCCCAGACACCAGAAAUGUAAUGGGAUAGAAGGAAGAAGGGCGCUCUCCCAUGGGUUCCUUGAGAGAUCAUGUUGCCUGAAGAAGGAGGAUGAAAUUCAAGGAGAACUACCUCAUGACCCUGCAAGAAAGAAAGAGAAAAUCGUCCUCAGAGAAACAUACUCAACCAACGGGUCUUCUGACACUUACAGCCCUCCAGCCCAAGAUGAACCGACUAGAAGUACUCCCAGUUCACACCGCCUGAAACUACCUAUGAACACACAUGUUUUUUGUAGUGCACAGCCACCAUCUUCACACAACCACUGUCAAACCAUUUCAAUCAAGCAUUUGAUCAAUCUUGAGACCUUGUGCAGGUCUGACCUCAAGUGCCUCUUACUGCGCAGUCAUAGCCAAGCCGGUAAGCAGAAAGGUGGUCCUACCAUACCAUGCAAUAUAGAGAGUCGACAGCAUUCUCAUUCAUCAGUGUCAUUUCUCAGUGGGUCUCAUAAGCUUCUGUUUCCUCGGUCACUUGUAUCUACACCAACACUGUGGACUCGCAGCACCUUCACAGGUAGUUUGCGGGAACAGCACCUGGCGAUCCAGGCCCGUGGUAUGCAUGGUGCUGCCCAACUGAAGGUAGCCCUGGAGGACUGCCUGUCUGCGGAGAAUGAGGCCAGGUGUCGGAAGAGGCUAGAGCCCAACGCAGCACUGUACCAGAAGGACAAGGGGAAGAGUUGGGCAUCCGUGCUGGUGUGCCUCUGCACUGUAGGGGGAGAUACUGCUUUCCUCUUCACUCUCCGCUCCAGCAUGCUCAAGGGCAGGCACAAGGGCGAUGUCUGUUUUGCAGGCGGUAAGAAAGACCCUGCGGACCAGGACGUUGUGGCCACAGCUCUGCGGGAGGCUCGUGAAGAAUUGGGGGUUACCGUGAGAGCGGAUCAGGUGUGGGGCGUUCUCAAGCCUCUGCGAGACCUGUCUGGCAUGAUGAUCGCUCCGGUACUCGCUAACCUUGGGCCCCUGGAGGCCCUGUCAUUUCGGCCUAAUCCUAGUGAGGUGGAGGAGAUCUUCACGCUCACCCUGGCUCAUGUGUGCAACCCGGUGAACCAGGGCUACACAAACUUCCGCACAGGCGACCGCUACGGCUACACUCUCCCGGUGUUCCGGAACGGGAAGCACCGUGUCUGGGGUCUCACGGCCAUAGCCUUGGAUCACACACUCAAAAUCAUUGUGUCGCCAUAGCAGCCCAGCCCACUGAUCCAUCCAUUUGCUCCCAUGGAAACCAAGCCUCAGCUGAGUUACUGCCAAAACACACAGAACUGUGAUGACUGGUAAUGCAAUGGGGGGAGGGAACUUGAUAUAUUAUCCCUUACCUCAGACACAGAAACGCAUAAAUCUCCUACUCAGGAGGUUAAAACCGAUCUGAAAAAUGACUUCAAAUAUGCUUCGGCUAUUUCUGAUCAGGUAACACGAUAGGUGUGGUCUGGCAUAUCUGGCGGCGCUGGUGUCCCUUUCCUCUUGCUUUAACUUCUAUGGCCAUUGUAAAAUAAUGGCCGUAAGCAAAAGCCUGGAAUAAAAAGUCAUCCGUUUUCAUUUCUCUUAAAUAAUUGCAGUCUUUCUAUGUAAAGACAUCCAGUUAAAAUGAUUAUGAUAUGAUACAAUUAUAAGGCAAAUAUGAUACAAGGAAACAAGUGUGGUAUUUCAUUUGGAUUUCCCUGGCCAUAUUCUUAUUACUGGUCAAGGAACAAUAUCAAGUAUAUUAAUAUAUAUUAAACAUUUUCCUGCACCAUGGAAGUUUAAGGCAAUUGGCAAAAGGAAUUUUGAAUGCAAUAUACAUGUGCUCUAAUGCAAUAAGAUUUAAUUGCAGUCAAGUAAGAUAAUUCUAUCCCACAGUUAAUGUACAUUAUCACACAGAGAUGUACUAAUAUAAAUAUUUCAAAUAAAUGUAUUUAAUGACAUGAUGGUUGAAA